GAUGCAAGCGUGGUUACGUAUUUCAUUGUUAUUAUGGGUUUUUGGAUUUUUUCGUGAAUUCCGUCCAUCCGAACCGUUUGUUACUGAAUAUCUGAGCGGACCGUGGCAUAAUAUCACCGCCGAACAGGUUAAUAAGGAGAUUUAUCCAUUUGGCACCUAUGCUGUACUGGCACAACUCGCGAUUGUUUUCCUCAUAACGGACAUACUACGCUACAAACCGAUCAUUAUAUUGUCCGCUUGUUCGGGUAUCAUACUCUUCGCAAUUCUCUUGUGGACUGAUCAAAUAUGGGAGCUGCAAGUGGGACAGGUGUUUUAUGGCACUUUUAUGGCAACAGAGGUUGCGUACUACACAUAUAUUUAUGCGAAAGUGGAUAAGGAGCGAUAUCAGAUUGUCACCGGUCACACACGUUCGGCGAUUUUAUGUGGCAAAUUCUUAGCUGGCGUUUUUGCGCAAAUUUUGGUUUCUACCGAAACCAUGGAUUACAAAGGCCUCAAUUACUUGUCGUUCGGUUCACAAAUUGUCUCACUAGCCAUUGCUUUACUUUUGCCACCGGUACGUAAAAGUUUGUACUUUUAUACAAAUGACAGCACUGAACUAACAGACGUUGGCGCAAGGCAGAAUUCGGUGCCGCAGGGCAUACAAACAGAAGUAGUACCUAAAAACGGCAUGGUCACAGGCCCCACACCCACACCCAGUUCAAGCGACACAUCUACCGUAUCACCGAAAUUUUCAUGGUCCAACGCUUAUGAUUUACUUGUGAAGCACAUAGUUAGUGCUUAUACCAAUCGAACAGUGAUUCGUUGGAGCUUCUGGUGGGCGCUGGCCACAUGCGGACAAGUGCAGGUGAUUUCUUAUGUGCAAUUUCUGUGGAAGGAAAUAGAUCCAAAUCACGAGAGUUUUUACAAUGGUGCGGUUGAAGCGAUUGUAACGCUACUCGGUGCUGGAAGCGCUAUGUUGGCUGGAAUCGCCAACACCAGUCACCACAAAAAGUGGCAUAUGUGGAUAUUGACAGUUUGUUCGCUAUUCAUGGGCGCUUUCACAAUCAUCUCGUCGCUGACAAAUGCUGUUUGGAUUGCAUAUGUUAUGUAUAUUCUUUUUGGUAUUUCAUAUUUCUUUGUUAUAACCACAGCCAGUGCGAUUGUGGCAGAGAAUUUGUUGGACGAUAGUUUUGGUUUGAUUUUUGGUAUUAACACACUAGCGGCACUUGUGCUGCAGACAAUACUGACACUAGUAGUUGUGACUGAUACGGGUUACGGUUUAAAACCACGUGAACAAUUUUUCAUUUAUGGCUGUUAUUUUAUUGCGGUAGCAAUUAUGUACUUUUGCGCUGUAUUCUUGCGACUUUUGUUUAAAAAAUCAUGGCGCUGUUAGUACAAUUGAAAAAUCAUUAUGGCGGCCAAACACUUUGUACUUAUUGUUUAUAAUAAAUUUAAAUCGAAUAUUAAUAAUUGUAUACAAUUAAGGGGUGAAAAUAUUUAAAGAUUUGUUAAGAUUUUGUUAUGGAAUAUUAUACAGCAAAUUACUUUAUGACACAGAUCAUUAAACUAUUAAAAAAAAAUAAAGUUCUAAACAACAUUUUGUACUAAUAAUUUAAAAAAUCAUCACAUACCUUGCAAUGGAAUGUCUUUUCCUUUGUAUGUAUCAAUUUGGGUAUUUCAACGCAAUUGGAAUUAAAAUGUUUUCCGGUUUCCGAGCACUUUUCGUUCAAUGACACAUCGGUAUUUGCUUCGACCGGAGGCUAAAUUAUAUUAAGCACAUUAUUGUGCACAUAUUCUAAAUCACUUAAAAUUACCGAAAUAGCUAAGUCUGAAGAAAUUGCUGUUUUCAAAUUGUUUUCGCGGUUUAAACUUAGGUGUGUAUGCUUGAUUGCAAAAACUUCAUUCAAUGUAUCCUCAUUGGCUUCUGAUCGCGUCAAACUGCUGACGUCAAUUUCGAUAUCAUUUAACAUGUCUUCGCCCGCCACUGUGCACACUUUAUCAUUAACUACUUCAUUAUUCGUUUGCAUAUUACUAGUACGUUCGAACAUGUCGCAUAUAUUGGUAUAAAUGGUCGAAGUAACACCGGCAUCCUUACAGGUAUCGCCAAUGGGCGCAGUGGAUGAAAAGCAUGACGAAUCUUGAUUUCUUUUGAAAUUAAAUUGAAUUUAUCAAGUGUUAUAUAUGAUAGUGAAUCAAUUUAAUCUCACAUUGUAUUUGUGCUUAUUCCACAUAGACCCAAGCUGCCACCAGCAGUACCAUUCCCGAUAUAAUCACGUAAACGGCGUUCAGAUGCUUCAGCUAGCUGUUGCAAAUUAUACGCGUCCAAUAACCGAUACAAACAUGAUUGACACAAGAGCGUGGGUAAUGUUUCAUCAUACUGCGAAGGAAAUUGAACAAAUGUGUAUUCCAAUUUGGUCUAUUACAGUUCUUGCGUAAAGUUGUACGAAAACCACAAACCUUAAAUAUAUUCAAUUUCUCAACUAUUUCAAUCGGCCUUAGUGGAAAAGUAGGGCUGUAAAGGUAUAUAGACAUUAAUAACUCACUUUUUAAACAAAUUCGACAGCAACUUGUCUGAAAAUUCAUAGCUUUCUCAAUUAACUUUCAAAAAAAAUAUUGUCUGAUGCGAAACAAAAUUUACAACGUAGACCAGGAGAACACAGCUGAAAAUUUUCAAAAGAGUAGCCAGAAUUUUGAAAUGUACUAUUGAGUGUACUGUUGUACUCAGCGUUGUUCUUGUUAUAGUUUAAUAUCUAUUAUAAAUUAACAAACGAAUUGCAAACAUAGCGCUUUUAAUAAAUCAUCUAAAAAAUAAACCAACAUUAACUUGAAUGUAUUUUUAUAAAAAGAAUUAAAACGUUGUGGUUUAAGAAAUUUUAACUUCUGGUAACGUUUUUGUUCAAUGAUAAAAACAUUCACCCCACUUCAUCGUUUUCGUUUUAGCUAUGUUUUUCGUGUUUUGCUUUAUCUGAGUCAUCCCCUAUCAUUAUUUAGUUAUUACGAUUAUUCUUGAACUAAGUGCAUUGUUAAGUGAUAUCUUGAGAUUUUUCUUUUUGAGAUUUCUAGUAAAUUUAAGCAAAAUUAUUUAGUAAUAGUUAUAGAAAGUUUAUUACGAUGAGUAGCGAAUCGAUUGCACCUGCGGCCAGAAUGGACAGCCAUAAUAAUCUAG